GAGUGUUUGAAUUUCCCUGAGUAGGGUUUAAGGGAACUUAAGAGCAGCCGGCUGCUCAGCUCAACUCUCACAGGCUUAGCUGCCCUUUCCCUCCUCUGCCCAUCACCGCCAUGAAUUACAGGUUUCAUAACCUUCUUGGAGCUCCAUACAGAGGUGGAAACGCCUUGGUGGUAAACAACACUCUGCUGAUUUCGCCUGUUGGUAACCGGGUCUCCGUCACCGAUCUUGUCAAAUCCGAAACCGUGACAUUACCAUGUCAGUCCUCCUCCAAUCUUCGUCGCAUCGCCGCGUCCCCUGACGGCGUCUUUAUCCUCGCAAUCGACGAAAAGAACCGAUGCCUCUUCAUUAAUCUUCGCCGUCGUGCCGUCCUCCAUCGCAUCACCUUCAAACAUCCCGUAUCCGCCGCCAAGUUCAGCCCCGAUGGCCACUCCAUAGCUGUCGCUGCUGGCAAGCUCCUGCAAAUUUGGCGCUCUCCUGGUUUCAGGAAAGAGUUUUUUCCUUUUGAGUUGAUACGCACUUUUGCUGACUGCGACGAUAGGGUCACCUCACUGGAUUGGAGCCCAGACUCCGAGUACAUUCUUGCCGGUUCGAAGGACAUGAUUGUGAGGCUCUUUUGCCUUGGUAAAUCGAACAAGAUGCAUAAGCCAUUUUUAUUUGUGGCCCACAGGGACGUGAUUGUUAGUUGUUUCUUAGGAGUUGAAAUGAAAACCCAAAAAGUUUGUCGAAUCUAUACCUUAUCACGUGAUGGAGCCCUUUUUAGCUGGGGUUACACUGAAACAGAUGAGAAAUCUGGCGAAUUGGAUAGUGAUAUUUCUGAACCAGAACCCCCUAGUACACCAGAGCAAAAGCAAACACAGGUUGAGGAAGUAGAUUACAAUGCUGUUUCCAAAAAAAGGAAGGGUCUUUAUGGGAAAGACAAAGACUUGGGCAAAGAAAAAGGCUCUUGGUUGCAUACACAGAAAUGGGAGUUGUUAAAGAAGGAUUAUUUCAUGCAAGCACCAGCAAAAGUAACUGCCUGUGAUUAUCAUAGAGGGCUUGAUAUGUUGGUAGCGGGAUUUUCCAAUGGUGUCUUUGGACUUUAUCAGAUGCCGGAUUUUAUCUGCAUCCAUCGGUUGUCAAUAUCAAGAGAGAAGAUCACAACUUCAGUCUUUAAUGAUCUUGGGAAUUGGCUGACAUUCGGAUGUGCAAAGCUUGGGCAGUUACUUGUGUGGGAGUGGAAAUCAGAAAGCUACAUAUUGAAGCAGCAGGGACAUUACUUUGAUGUAAAUUGCCUUGCAUACUCACCAGAUUCUCAACUCCUUGCUACUGGAGCAGAUGAUAAUAAGAUAAAGGUUUGGACUGCUUCAUCAGGCUUCUGUUUUGUCACAUUCUCUGAGCACACCAAUGCAGUCACUGCUCUUCAUUUCAUGCCAAACAAUCAUUGCCUGUUGAGUGCAUCUCUUGAUGGGACUGUUCGUGCAUGGGAUUUGUUUCGAUAUAGAAAUUUUAGGACAUUUACAACCCCCACAUCCAAGCAGUUCGUUUCUUUAGCAUCAGAUCAGAGUGGCGAAGUUAUAUGUGCUGGAACCCUUGAUUCAUUUGAGAUAUAUGUCUGGUCAAUGAAGACAGGAAGGCUGUUGGAUGUUCUCAGUGGGCACGAGGGCCCCGUGCAUGGAUUAAUAUUUUCUCCAACAAAUGCCGUUCUGGCUUCAUCGUCUUGGGACAAAACAGUUCGCUUGUGGGAUGUUUUUGAUGGAAAAGGAGCAGUAGAAACCUUUCCCCACACACACGAUGUCCUCACAGUGGUUUAUCGUCCAGAUGGAAAGCAAUUAGCGUGCAGCACAUUAGAUGGGCAAAUACAUUUUUGGGAUCCCAUUGAGGGUGUGUUGAUGUACACCAUUGAAGGGCGUAGGGACAUUGCAGGUGGGCGUUUAAUGACUGAUCGUAGAUCUGCAGCCAACUCCACUUCUGGCAAGUUCUUCACAAGCUUGUGCUACUCUGCUGAUGGAAGCUACAUAUUGGCUGGGGGAAAUAGUAAAUAUAUCUGCAUGUAUGAUGUUGCUGAUCAGGUUUUGCUUCGAAGAUUUCAAAUAACGCAUAACCUCUCGUUAGAUGGGGUAUUGGAUUUUUUGAACUCAAAGAAUAUGACAGAUGCGGGCCCAUUGGAUUUAAUCGAGGAUGAUGAUAGUGAUAUUGAAGAAGGCAUUGAUAGGCAAUCAAGGAACAAACUGGCUUAUGAUUUGCCUGGAUCAAUGCCUAAUAAGGGAAGACCAGUUAUCCGAACAAAAUGCCUGAGGAUUGCCCCAACAGGAAGGAGUUGGGCAGCAGCAACCACGGAAGGAGUUCUGAUUUACUCAAUGGAUGACUCUUUCAUCUUUGACCCCACUGAUCUUGACAUUGAUGUCACUCCAGACGUGGUCAAUGCUGCGUUGUCCGAAGGGCAGACAACAAGAGCGCUAAUUCUAAGUCUACGUCUAAACGAGGAUAGUUUAAUUAAGAAGUGCAUUAUGGCUGUCAGGCCAGCAGAUAUAGCUGCUACAGCUUCAUCUGUACCGUUCAAAUACUUGCAGAGAUUGGUGAUGGCAUUUUCAGACCUUCUAGAGAACUGUCCUCAUUUGGAGUUCAUUCUUUUGUGGUGUCAGGAAAUUUGCAAAGUCCACGGCCAGUCCAUUCAACAAAAUUCAAGAAAUUUGCUUCCUGCCCUGAAAUCCUUGCAGAAAGCAAUUACAAGAUUGCAUCAGGAUUUGGCUGAUACUUGUUCGUCCAACGAAUAUCUGGUUCGAUAUUUGUGCUCCGCUAGCAAUAAAUAGUUGAGCAAUUUCUAUGGCGGAGUUUAUCGUAAUUAAUUCUUCUGAUUUAUAAUCCAUAGGGGAGGGGGAAUCGUGCUGUACGGAUGUUGUAAUCAUUUUUGUUCUUCACCCAAGCUUUUUAGAUCUGUUAUUUUUUUGUAUCAGUAUAGGCAACACAACAAACUGCUACUUAAUUCGUGAAUGUGUAUGACACUACAAGUAAACGCCAUUCUUAAUUUCUUAUGGCGUUCUGUGUACACUACAUUCUUAUAACUGCUAUAGAAAUUUUAUCACAUUUCAGUGUAUGUUCUACAGCCC